AUGCAACUGAUUGGCGGCAUGCGUAUAGUUUCCAUUGAACAAUUUGCUGAAGGAACUUUCCAAAUGAUCUUCAGCGGCUACCUGGGGAAGAUUUUCGAUCGAUUGAGUAGAAAAACAGGUAUAUAUUCUAUUCCAAAAAAGAAAUCCAUGGAUUUUAGAGGCGGAGUUUUAUCCAGGUCUUGAAAAAUAAUCAUUUUAGAGCCUGAGCAAUGAUUCCAGUUAUGAAUUGAUUUAUUUUAUUUCUAGCAAUUCUCACAGUCGUUCCAAUCAACAAUUUGAGUAUUUGCCUGGCGGCUGGACUCUUCAUUGGUAAAAAUUAGCGGAAAUUCCCUCUUAAAAAAUAAGUUACAGUUUGUUUAUCGGUAGACGAAGGAUCUGUUUGGUUUCCCACAUGCCUGGCCUUGGGAAUGCUUGUCUGUGCGGUGAACCGACUAUUUUUAAACGCCGAGAAGUUUAUCGUCGGUAGAGAUUGGGUUGUGGUCCUGGGAACCAGUGAGACCUUAGCCGGUAUCUUUUUCUCAGAAAAAUGAUAAAUUUAAAAAAAAAUCAGGUCUCAACGCGACUCUGACCACGUUGGAUCAGUUUGCCAACGUGAUUUCUCCAAUAAUCACUGGGGUAGUUUCCACUUGAAAAAACUUUUCCAAACCGAUUUUCAGGCCCUUGUAAGCUUGACAAGCCUCCGAACAACGUGUGGAAUUUUCGCCGCCGGUUCAAUCGUUUCAAUGUUAUCGAAAACGUUCUUUUUGCGGUCCCUUUACAUGAAUAACCCGCUACUACAACAGGAAAAACGACGGAAAAGUUCUGAUAGUGAAAGUGGUUGGUACAGGAAAAAAAAACGGAAGUGAGAUUAACGGAUGCCUCAUGAGACUCCAGAGAAAUGGUAGUUUAGUAGAGAAGCCAGAGAAACCAGAGAUCUAUCUUACUCUGGCGUCUCUUCAGGCCACCAUACUUUCUCUCCCACCUUCAUCAACACUUCCAAAAACCAAAAGCCCUUAUAGACGACCUAAUCUCUCAAAAUGAAGCACCAACCGGAAUCUUCGGCGUCAUCAAGACUUACUACCGCACAACCGUCUUUUCUGCCGCAUUGGGAAUGGCUCUGCUGUUCAUGUCGGUCAUGGGCUUCGAUGGGGUAUUGAAAAGCUCAAAAACUUUGGAAAAAUUUAUAUUUUUUAAAAGUUGGCGGUUGGUUAUGGAAUGUCUGCAGGUCUACCUGAAGUCGUUGUAGGCGCUUUCAGGUAAAAAUUUAGGCUCAUUAUGUUUAAAAGAGGAAUAAUUACAGAUCUUUCGGUUCAGUGAUGGGUAUAACUGGAGCGAUUUCUUACGCAUUUUUCGAAAGGAUUUAUGGAGUUCGAAGGACUGGAAUUAUUGGUUUUAUGGUGAGAAUUUUUUUUAAAAUUCAUUUCUUUUCCAAUAUUUCAGAUUCAACAAAUUUGCUUAAUAAUCGCAGUUUCUUCGAUAUUCUUGCCUGGAACGCCGAUGGAUCUCAAGGGCUAUUUUUCGAACGUCACUAUCCAGGUUCAUCAUUAUAAGACGCGGCAAAACGCUCUUUUACUUUUCUGUUGUCUAUAGCUCUUAUUUUAGUUUUAUGAGUCUGGUGGAGUUAAUUACGAAAAUAUCUUUCAAUGCCUUGUUGUUGAGAUUACCUUAACGCGAGAGUCACAGAAGUUCUGGCCGGGUGGAAAAAAAGUCUUUUGUCACAAAGAUGACAAUAAUGAAUCUAUAAGAUUGCGCCCGACUCUCAUGACUUGGCCAAGAGCGAGAGAACAGAAAAAUAGGAGAGAUUUUUGCCCUAAGUCAAUCAUUUAGCAACGCUCAACUCAUUGGAUGUCGGUCGCGCAAAAAUUACUAUCGAAAAAAAUCAACGCAUUCAGAGCUGGUGGAGCGCCAUGGUACACUCGUUUGAUGGCACGAAUACAACCCAAGAGGCCCCUCAAGUGGAUUGGAAGCAUUUCACCUCAAAUGGCCACAGUCUAGCGAGUAUUUUCGCUUUUCUUAUUGGAAUCGCAACGGCUCGAUGCGGUUGAAAAAUAUUAUAAACCAAGAAAAUGGGUACCUUUUUAGGUUUAUGGAUGCUAGACCUCUCGAUAACUCAAAUCAUGCAGGUCAAUGUGGCUGAGAUUGAAAGGAACACGGUUUUUGGUGUUCACAACGCCUUGUGUCAGACUUUUGCCGUCAUGAAGGUAUUUAUUCAAUUCAGACAAAAUCCAGGACGAGAAAAAAAGAAAAAAAGAACUUGCGAAACUAGUCUUAGAGCGCACUUUUCAAUUGUUUUUCUUGAAUAUAAUGUAUUUGAAUGUAGUUCCUUGAAAAUACCGAAUUCUUAAAAUUUUUAAUUUUUUCUUCUAUUUGGGUGAAUAUUUAUGUUUCGCUUUUCAUGAAAAAAUUCAAUUUUUCAGGACAUGCUGGUUAUAAUUCUGCCUUCACCGUCUACAUUUGGACUUUGUAUACUUAUGUCAUAUGUUUUUUUGUUUCAACAGGACACUUUUUGUUAUAUUUAUUACGUUGUUAAGGUUUGAAAAAACCAAUAAUCCUCAAUAUAACCAUUGAUUAAGCAUCCUGAAGACCGAGAGCGAGGAAGUUCUGAAAAAGAAGAAGAAGAAGAAUCGGAAGUGAUUUCCGUGGUGGAAAGCUUUUGA